GCUGAAAAAGAAGAGGGUAGGAGGAAAUAUUAAAUUUUCAUUUCUCAAACAGGCAGGGAAGACCUGACACGGCUCAGACCCAGCACAACCCUCCUCCACUGGUUUACCAGACAAACCAGCCAUCAUUGAUGGAACUCGACUCCCUGUAUCCCUGUGCAGAAGCAGCAGCCUCCAGCUCCCUGCUGCCCACCUGAGGUCUGUCACAGUGGGCAGUGACACAGCCAGGGCUGGCCUGCUCAGGAAAUGUGCCCUGAGCUGCUGAAAGCCUCUUCCCUCCAGCAAGUGAAACAGUAGCUCACCCCAGGAGGCCCUUCCCGGCCCAGCGCUUUGGAGUCAGCCCCACGUGCACCCUUCUGCCACCACGGAUCACAGUCACGCUCAGGGGUCUCUGAAAGAGGGGAAAAAUAAAAAAAUAACCAAAAUAUUUCACUUUUCCAUCACAAAGUCAACUCCCUUCUUUUGCUGAAGCACACGAAGAACAUUAAGCCCAAGGAACUGUUGUGCAGCAGUGCCCACUCCCACUCCUGUGGCUGUAGCUGAAAGAAUGGAGUGUUUUGUGUGAAGUCAUCUCCAGAGAUCCCUCACUUUCACCACCAAGCACUUAAUGGUUGUGGCAGCUUCUCUGGCCAGGCCACGAGGGUGGCACAGCCCUGCUGCUGCAGGGAGUCCCCAGGGAGAACAAACAACGUGAUGAUCACAGCUCUCAGCUCCUCCCUUCAUCGCAAAUAGCUCAGUGCUGUGAGAGAACAAGGCUACAACUAACUGCACAGACUGAAUCUGACACUGCUUCUGACAUGGAAAUGAUGAUUCCAGAGAUCCAAGUUCCAUGGAAAAAGCUGUGGCUAACAGAGACAGGCAAGAGAAUGCAGUCACAGCAGGAAUGAGCUCACCCCCUCGCUGUGCUGCACCACCGUGGCAAUGUUCUGCAGGUUCUGGAAGUUGUUUGCAUUAACAGAUCCAAACUCCACAAUCUCAUCAUCAACUUGAAGUCCCUGGACAGAGAUAGAAGAGAGAUGAGCAUCUGCAUUCUCCAAAGACAGGGAAUAUCACAGGAGCAUCACCCUUCACUCAGCCGCAGGGAGAGAGAUGUGCUACAACACCGCUCACACUCAGGGCAGUGAACAUCACCACAGCCACAGCGAGAGACGUCCUACACAGACAAGGGGGAAAAGCCCCAACGAGGCCGCUUCAUCCACUUCCACUCCAUCACCUUCUGGGUCGGCAAUGCCAAGCAGGCUGCGUCCUACUACUGCAACAAGCUGGGCUUCGAGGAGCUGGCCUACCGGGGGCUGGAGACCGGCAGCAGGGAGGUGGUGUCACAUGUCAUCAAGCAGGACAAGAUCGUGUUUGUUUUCUCAUCCGCUCUGAACCCAGGGAAUGAGGAGAUGGGGGAGCACCUGGUGAAGCACGGGGACGGGGUGAAGGACGUCGCCUUCGAGGUGGAGGACUGUGACUUCAUCGUGCAGAAAGCCAAGGAGCGUGGUGCUGUGGUGGUGAAGGAGCCCUGGGUGGAGCAGGACAAAUUUGGGAAGGUGAAGUUUGCAGUGAUCCAGACGUAUGGUGACACCACCCACACCUUGAUAGAAAAGCUCAACUACAAGGGCCUGUUCCUCCCUGGGUACCACCCACCCCUCUUCAAGGACCCCCUGCUGUCCAAGCUACCAAGUGCCAAGCUCAGCUUUGUCGAUCACGUUGUGGGGAACCAGCCUGACCUGCAGAUGGUCCCAGUGGCAGACUGGUACCAGAAGAACCUGCUCUUCCACCGCUUCUGGUCAGUGGAUGACAAGCAGCUGCACACCGAGUUCAGCGCCCUGCGCUCCAUCGUGGUCACCAACUACGAGGAGACCAUCAAGAUGCCCAUCAACGAGCCAGCACCUGGCAAGAAGAAAUCCCAGAUCCAGGAAUAUAUCGAUUACUAUGGAGGGGCCGGAGUCCAGCACAUCGCCCUGAACACCCCUGACAUCAUCUCAGCAAUCACCAACCUGAAGCAGAGGGGCAUGCAGUUCAUGGAUGUGCCCUCCAGCUACUACCAGGUGCUGCGGGAGAGGCUCAAAACUGCCAAAAUCAAAGUGAAGGAGAGCAUUGACAAGCUGGCGGAGCUGAAAAUCCUGGUGGAUUUUGAUGAAAAAGGCUACUUGCUCCAGAUCUUCACCAAGCCAGUUCAAGACAGACCCACGGUGUUUCUGGAGGUGAUCCAGAGGCACAACCACCAGGGCUUCGGUGCUGGGAACUUCAAGUCUCUGUUUGAAGCCAUAGAAAUGGACCAGGAUGCCAGAGGAAACCUGACAGUGCUGGAGCCCAACGGGGAGACCAAGAGGAUGUAGGGGAUGGCAGGAAGUGCUGCCCUCCUCCCCAAGGAGCUGAAUCCCAAGUGAACUGGGAAAUGUCCCCUGUUUUGGUAAAUAGCCCAGACUCGAGUGCCACAAAGCCAGGGAAGCCACUGCCAAGCUGGACAGUGUGAAAGGACCCAACACCUCUCCCAGCCCAGCCCUGGCACUGCCCCUCGGUGACUCCUGGGAGAUGGGCGUGGGAAAUAGCAAACACACUCUCAAAAAGCACUUAAUCUGAUCCAAACCAUGGAAUUCUUCACAAAGGGCAGAUUUAAGGCAUGUGCCAAAGACACGCAGCUACAGAGGAAGACAGAAGAAACAACUGGGAGUGCUCACAUUUGGUCCAUGCAAAGUUUUAAUUUUAGCUACACGGGAAGCUGCGAAAGCACGGAGGCGUUUUCCUCUCUGCACAUCUCCUUUUGUAAGAUUUUGGUUUAAUUGCUUUUAGACUCAAUCUUGAUUUGAAUUUGCUGAGAAUAAACAUGGUUUUAGGGUAGCUCCAACACUCUGGAAUGAGAAUUAAUUGUAUUUACACUUUUCAGCCUUCCCAAGGCAACAGUCUUGCUCUAAUACCUGUAAAUUCCUGCAUUAAUGAUGGGUUGGGGUUUCUCCCAUGUUUCCAGCAGUAAUUGCUGGCAUUGGCAGCAAUUCCUUGGCUCAGAUCCUGGCUCCACGUGCAAAGUCCCCUCUGGGUGUUGUUCUGGUGCUGUCCUUUGCACGGGGAAUUCCUCCCCAAGGCAAUAAAUCCCUUUUUGACCUGGCCUGGGGAG